UAUCGAGAUGACGGCCGCAGUCACACAGUCACAGAUUCAACGGCAGAGUUCUUGUGACAUACAUUAAUAUGUUUCAUUCAUAACAACUUAUAGAAAUUAUCUCUCAUCUCACCUGACAGAAAUAAAAGUAACAACAUGGAAAAAGCAGAAGAUAACACUCUCAGUGAAGUCGACCUAGAAGCAGGUGCAUCCACAGAACAAUUAGAGAAUAGAAAUGGCAGCAACAAUAACAAUACUAAUUCAGACGUACCAGACAACGCGAAUGGCAACUCUAAAGUACUCAAGAGAUUGGAAACAGUACCUGAUAUCAAGAGAGAUACAUCUGGCAUCACUACACAGUACAUCACAGCCGGUAUAGUAAACCUCGGUGCAUUCGCUGCCGGAGUUUGCAUAGCUUGGUCAUCGUCUGCUUUAUUGACUACCACAACAGAGAUGUACCCAGACCAGGAAUCCGAUGUGAUAAGAAAUCAAACAGAAACUCAUCCAAAGCUUAUGAUGAGCCCUAUAGAAGCAUCAUGGGUGUCUUCACUACUCUGUCUGGGCGCGGUGUGGGGCGCCGUACCCACCGGACUGAUCUCUGAGAACUUUGGCAGGAAGAAGACUCUUUUAUACCUCGCAUUACCACUUCUUGUCUCAUGGAUAUUGGUAGCAUCCAGUCCCAACGUGUACGGUCUGUACGUUGGUCGUUUCGUGGGCGGCGUGGCGGUGGGCGCGUUCAGCGUGGGCAUCCCGCCCUACAUCGAGGAUAUAGCAGAGCGCCAUCUGUUGCCGACUCUUGCUAACUUCUACCACGUACAUUUCUCCUGUGGCGUGCUCUUCGGUUACAUCUGUGGUUUGGUCAACAGUACAUCAUGGCUUUAUUUCUUAUCGGCCAGUGUUCCUGUCGCUUUCUUUGUUGCUUUCAUCUUUAUCCCCGAGUCGCCAGCCUAUUUGUUAUCACAAGGCAAGAACAGCGAAGCUAAAGCCGCUUUACAAUAUUUCAGAGGCAUUGACAAUGACGUGAAAGCAGAAAUAAAAGCUCUAAAAGAACACACACUUAACUAUGCAAAGAACAGAGUAACAUUUAAAGAACUGUUCACUACCAGAACAAAUGUUAAAGCUCUGAUAGUAUCAUUCGGACUGAUGAUCUUCCAGCAAUUGAGUGGAAUUUACCCAGUGUUGUUUUACGCGGAGAAACUAUUCAAGACAUUUUCCAUAUCAUUGACACCUCCGGGAGCAUCUAUUAUCCUCGGAUUCUGCCUCGUAUCUUCUACUUACUUCUCGACGAUGUUACUGAAGAAAGUGAGGAGACGUGUUCUACUUCUCUUUUCUUUUCUUAUGAUGUCUGUUAGUUUGGGUAGUCUCGGAUUGUAUUACCAUUUUAAGGCGUCUAAUGGCUCUAUCAAUAGUACUUGGAUACCACUAUUCACCUUGUGCACUUUUGUUAGUGUUUAUGCGGCGGGAGUUGGUCCCAUCCCCUGGCUGAUGCUGCGAGAGAUAUUUCCCCCUCAUGUAACUAGACGAGCCACUGCGAUCACCGUCGGCUUCCAUUGGUUCCUCGCUUUCGGUGUGACAAAACUUUACCAGAAUUUGGUCAAUAUGGUCCACCCUGGAUGGGCGUUGUGGCAUUUCGCAGUUAGUAGUAUAGUCGGUGCUAUUUUUGUAUACUUCUUUGUGCCAGAAACAAAAGGAAAAACUUUGGAAGAUAUACAGAAUGAAUUCGACGGAAUACAUAAAGGAAAGAAACACAGACAUGUUAUAGAAUUAGAAAGUAUAUCAGAGGGUUAAAACUACAUAAUACAUAGUUUAUAUAAUGUAAAUAGAAUAGGCAUAGAAUCAGUAUUUUAUACAGGACUAAUAAAUUUUUUUUGGCUGUUGAAUUUGAACUCGAAUAGUAAAUCAGUUUUAGGAUUA